UACACACAUCCACUUUUACCACAAAUCUAAUAUACCCCAAUACUCAUUUUGAGUAUCGGGUAUAAAAAUGGGAGGAGAUCUGAACGCCAGCAUUGUUGCGCCGGACUACCACCCACCGCCAGUGAAGUCAUCGUUACCAAGGUUGUCGCUACCCACUUUCGACGGAACAUAUGCAAACUAUAAGAAUUUCAUUCACUCGUUCGAGCAAAUUGUUGUGCGUGAGUCUGAAUUGUCUAAUAUAGAAAAGUUUAAUUAUUUGCUGACCUGCCUCACGGGGCCGGCAUUAGAUACAAUUCAGGCAUUCCAGGUUACAAGCGAAAACUAUCCGAAGGCCCUAGCAAAACUCAAAAGCCGUUUUGAUAAUCCUACUCUUAUAUUUUUAGAAGGUAUUGAGGCAUUGUUUGCACUACAACCUGUGGAAAGGCCAAACAGUCAGCAGCUUCACAGCCUAGUGGAUAAGGCAUCCGCUAUAUUAAGCUCGCUGGAGUCCAUCGGCAAACCUGAGAACAUUGUUCACGCUAUGGUUAUAUAUAUUAUAAUGGAAAAGUGUGAUCAGCAAACCCGGAACAAGUGGAAGGAAUCGCAGGACUACAAAACUCUGCCAACCUGGCUAGCAUGCACACAGCUUUUGGAACGCCACUGUCAGUUUCUCCAUUCGUCUGGAAACUCGGCUGCUACUUCGUCACAACGAAAGGCUGAAUCCAAUAAGUCAAAUCGUCAUUCUAAUCACCAAAUAAACUCGUCGUUUGCUAUCACUAAUCCGUCUUGUACACUUUGUUCUAGUUCUGGCCAUAAGAUCUCUAAUUGUGCUCAGUUCAAGGCUAUGAACAGCAACCAACGGUACGACAAUGCAAAACGCCUCGGUCUCUGCAUCAAUUGUCUUGGAAAUGGUCAUAGAGUGGCGCAAUGUUCAUCGACUCAUCGUUGCCGAUCCUGUAAUCGGAAUCAUCAUUCAUCUUUGCAUCACUCUCAGCCGCAACAGCCACCCCAAUCAUCAGCAGGACAAUUUUCAACUACUGAACCGGUACUCCAACCAGCGCAACCCUCCUGGCAAACGGCUCAUCAAGCUGCUUCACACUCUCAUAUGGAGAUCGCAGCAGAUGAUCAAAUUUUGUUGGCAACAGCUAUGGUUUUGGUAAAGGAUGCCACAGCUUCGCCUUCGUCGUGAAAAACACCACAUUGGAAUUCGCAGUAUAGGAGACUCCCUUACUAGUUUGAAGGCUCGUACGACUACCUCUAUUAA